GACACAGCGGAUCACCGAUCAAUGGAAAGAGCCGAAGAUGUCGGCUCGGUCAUGUGAUCAGCUGUGUCCAAUCACAGCUGAUCACAUUAGUGCCACCUGUCAGUGUCCAUCAGUGCCAGCUGUCAGUGCUCAUCCACACCACCUGCCAGUGCCCAUCAGUGCCACAUCAGUGCCCAUCAGUGCCACAUCAAUGCCACAUAUCAGUGCCCAUCUGAGCUGCCUUUCAGUGUCACCCAUCAGUGCCAGUCAGUGCCACCUAUCAAUGCCAGUCAGUGCCACCUAUCAGUGCUGCCGAUCAGUGCCAGUCAGUGCCACUUAUCAGUGCCAUUCAGUGCCGCCUAUCAGUGUGCAUCAGUGCCGCCUAUCAGUGCCACCUAACAGUGCC